UUGCGAGGUUUAAUUAUUUCACUCUCUCUCACAGGCUGCCCGACCACCGAAACACACACAUCUAUCCAUCUCACUGUCUGCUCUGCGAACCAGAUAUGCCGCCACUCUUAGCCUUCCUCGGCUGAGGUGGCGACAGACUGGCCCUGUCUAAACGUCAUCAGUGCGGGGUAACCUGUUACUGGUGACAAGGUCAACGACUGCAAAUGCUCAAGUUCCGCGCGCAGAAUCCGCGGGUCAGAUAGGAAGGAAGAAAACCGGCGCAGUGAUGGGACAGUUUUCGGGAGGAUGCUACCUGAGUUUGGGCAUCGUUGUGUUUCUCUGUUUGCAGUUCCCGACUACCUUGGCCCGAGGUUCCAGGAGUGAUGCUCUGCAGCAUGGUACAUCAGGGACCCUCCCCCACUUCCUCCAGGAGCCCGAUGAUGCCUAUAUCGUCAAGAGCAACCCCAUCAAGCUCAAGUGCCGGGCCAGGCCAGCCCUGCAGAUCUUCUUCAAGUGCAAUGGAGAGUGGGUCCACCAGAGCCAGCACCAGUCUCAGGAACACACCGACGAGGGCACAGGGUUGAAGAUCCGGGAGGUGAUGAUCAACGUGUCUCGUCAGCAGGUGGAGGAUUUCCACGGCCCCGAGGACUACUGGUGUCUGUGUGUGGCCUGGAGCCACCUGGGCACCUCCAAGAGCCGCAAGGCCACCGUACGCAUCGCCUACCUGAGGAAGAACUUUGAGCAGGAUCCCCAGGGGAGGGAGGUGCCCAUUAAAGGCAUGAUUGUGCUGCACUGCCGUCCACCAGAGGGAGUGCCUGUCGCUGAGGUGGAGUGGUUAAAGAAUGAGGAGCCAGUGGGCUCGGACGGGAACAUCGACACGCGAGCGGACCACAACCUGAUCAUCCAGGAGGCACGUCUGUCCGACUCUGGGAACUACACAUGUCUGGCUAGCAACAUUGUGGCCAGAAGACGCAGCCUCACUGCCACUGUGGUCAUCUUUGUGAACGGAGGGUGGUCGUUGUGGACAGACUGGUCGGCUUGUAACGUGCCCUGUGGGCGGGGGGUCCAGAAACGCUCCCGCACUUGCACCAACCCUGCCCCUCUCAAUGGGGGCGCCUUCUGCGAGGGCAUGUCUGUCCAGAAGAGUACCUGUAAUUCCCUCUGCCCAGUGGAUGGUGGAUGGGCAGAGUGGACAGAGUGGACGGUGUGCAGUGGUGAGUGUGAGAGGCAGCGCAGCCGAGAGUGUACAGCCCCAGAGCCCAAACGUGGAGGCAGGCUAUGUGACGGGGCCGCUCUGGGAACAUUCAACUGCACCGGGGGUCUCUGCACUCACAAUCUGCUACAUGACGCCAAGCCACAGGGUCUGGAGGGAAGCAGUGACGUGGCGCUGUAUUCGGGCCUGGCGGCGGGGGUGGUGACAGUGGUGGUGUUGAUUGUGGCGGUGACCCUCUACCGGAGGAACCAGAGCGAGUACGGCGUGGACGUCAUCGACUCCUCCGCCCUCACCGGGGGGUUCCAGUCCUUCAGCUUCAAGACUACUCGCCAAGGCAACCCCCUGUUGAUUAGUACGUCCCUGCAGCCGGACCUGACAGUGUCACGGACGUACACCAGCCCCAUCUGCUUCCAGGACUCCAUGGAUAAAGAACUAAUUUCCCAGGAGCCUUCGCUCUUCGACCCCCUGCCCGACCUCAAGGUCAAAGUUCACUCCUCAUUCAUGGUGUCCCUGGGCGUGUCAGAGAGGGGGGCCGAGUACCACGCCCAGAAAGCUCACCCCCAGACCUUCCCCCGGGGGCUGGCACCCGACUACAGUGGGGUACGGGUGGACGGGACCCUGAGAGGGAGGAGGGAGAAGAGCCUCCUUGCCCCCCACGCACCGUCUACGCCCUCCAGACCCCCUCUCAGGACGUCCGGGGUGUUGGGACACGCAGGUGGGAGGCUGGUGGUCCCCAAUACAGGUGUGAGUCUGUUGGUGCCCCAUGGGGGGAUAGCUGAGGACACUACCUGGGAGAUGUACAUGGUCAUCAACCAGGAGGACAGCAGCAGUACCCUAUCAGAGGAGAGCCAAGAGGUCCUGCUGAGCCCAGAGGUCACGUAUGGUCCACCGGGCCUCGACCUCUCCUGUCCCGUCGCCAUGACAAUAGCCCACUGCGCUGAGUUCGCCACCGACAACUGGAACAUUCGGCUCAAAAGGCAGACACAGGAUAACAAGUGGGAGGAAGUGAUGUCAGUGGAGGAGGAGAGCACUUCCUGCUACUGUCUGCUGGAGGCUCAGUGCUGCCACCUGCUGCUGGAAAGUCCAGGGCGCUACGCCCUGGUGGGGGAGCCACUGAGCCAGGAGGCUGUGAAGAGACUGAGGUUGGCCGUGUUCGGUAGUGCAGACAACACCAACCCUCUGGGAUACAGCCUGAGGGUGUAUUGUGUCGACAACACCCCCUACGCAUUCCAGGAAGUGGCAUCAGUGGAGCGGAUGAGGGGCGGUCGUCUCCUGGAGGAGCCCAAGACGCUGCUGUUCAGGGGGAACUCCUUCAGCCUGCAGCUCUCCAUCCAGGACAUCCCCCAGUUCCUCUGGAGCAUCAAGCCUUUCACCACCUGCCAGGAGUUCUCGUUCUCUCAGGUGUGGGCUAGUAACCAGCGGCCCCUGCAGUGUGCCUUCUCAUUGGAGCGCUACAGCCCCGCCUCCUCCCAGCUGUCCUGUAAGAUCAGUGUGCGUCAGGUCAAAGGUCAGGAGCAGAUCCUCCAGGUCUACACCUCUGUGGUCGAGAGUGAAAAGGAGGUAGUCCCCUUCUUCACUCAGUCGAACUGUACCACCACGUCGCUGACGGGGUCCAGGGCCUUCAAGAUCCCCCUGUCCAUCCGCCAGAGGAUUUGUGCCACCUUCGACACAGCCAACGCCAAGGGCAAGGACUGGCAGCUGCUUGCACAGAAACUCCACAUAGACAGGAACCUGUGUUACUUUGCACGUCAGGAGAGCCCAUCAGCGGUGAUCCUCAGCCUGUGGGAGGCCCAGCACCAGGACACAGGGGACCUGGACUCUCUGGCCAGCGCCCUGGAGGAGAUCGGCAAGGUCCACUCCUCCACCCACUCCACCUCCAGUAGGGCCACCACACUGACCACCACAGGGACCACCACAAGGACCACCACUACCCUGGGCUGCAGCACUGAGGAGCUGGACACUGAGUUCACCUAACAAGGGGAGGAACGGACGAACUGGAGCCCCAGUAAAGGACCACAAGACUUGGGAUGAAUGGAUGGACCCUAACAAGGAGGAGUACAUACAGAGAACUCCAGUGGACUAAUCCAGCCAGUGGAGGAUUGGGCCUGAGAUCAGAGAGGACUAAGGACUGAAGGGGAAAUAACUAACUACUGUAACUAAAGUCAGACCACCAGGCUGAAUGGAGGGGGAAUAGGGACAAGAUGACAGGGGAACAAGGGGUGCUACAGAAGAAGGGUACAAGGGAGAGAGGAAAGGGGCUGAGGGGGCCCAGGGACAAGGGUUUGAGAGGAGAGGAACACAGGCCAAUGGCGAGGGGUGGAAAAGGAGACAGUGGUAAGGGAGAGGGAGUGUUCAAGAGAUAGGGGUUCUAGAGGUCCUGGUCAAGAGGGAAGCUAUUGUUGUUUAGGUAGACACAGAGGAACUAACUAACCAAGGGACUAAACCACAAACUAGUCAAAAAGUAAACCUCAACUGAACCACAAACCAACAAGAAACGCUCUUCCUAACCUGGACUAUUAGGUCCUGUCCCUCUAGCCAUUCCCCUGGGAAGCCAGAAUGCUUCGUGUUACGUGAAGUUGUUGUCGUUUAUUUUAUAUUUAUUAUAUCUUUUCUUGUUUUUUUCCCUGCACAGUGAUGGUGUGUUCAGUGCAUAGGCCUACUGUGGAACCAGAGAGAAACAAGGAACUCUUUCAAAGUAUUCAGAUGUUGACAUCUGUCAUAUGAUGUCACAAACAUUUGGUUUACCCACACCUAGGCUCUGUUCCAAUACCCACACGAGCAUGCAUUCUACUUUGAAUGAAGCUUUGUAUUGGGGCAUGCAUUCAGUGUGGUAUGCUGGUGUGGAUAUUGGAACGUAGCCAAUCUGUCAUAUUACUGAAAGUCACUGUAAAACUUCUGGUGACACACUAGAGCAGUGAGAGUAAAUAAGAAAUGCAUAUCUGCAGAUGAAUGAAAGAGAAUGUGUUAAGGAUGGGCUAAACUUUUCCCUCGCUGUCACAUGGGUAAGAUCAACACACAAGCAGAAUGGCAAUUUGGCAUGUUUUUUUACCUACAUGUAUUGGUCCGAAAAUGAAUUAAAGUGAUUAGAGUAUUUAUGUGUGCUGCUAACUCUUAAAGGGAUAGUUCGGGAUUUUGGCAAUGAAGCCGUUAAUCUACUUCCCCAGAUUUAGAUGAACUCGUGGAUACCAUUUUUACAUAUCUAUGUCCAGUAUGAAGGGAGGUAGUUUCGCGAGCCAAUGCUAACUAGUGUUAGCGCAAUGACUAGAAGUCUACAGGAACCGAUAGCAUGCUAGCUGUUCCCAUAAACUUCUAGCCGUUGCGCUAACGCUUGUUAGCAAUUGCACUAAUGCUAGUUAGCAACUUUCUUCAAACUGAACGCAGAUACAUAAAAGUGGUAUCCACGAGUUCAUUUGACUCUGUGGAAGUAGAUGGAGGGCAUUGCCAAAAUCCGACCUAUCACUUUAAACUCUUGCUCCAGUGGUGCUGUAGGCCAAAUCAGAUAAACUAACUAACUAACCCUUAGCCUACUAACAGAAAAUGCAAACCCAAUAUUUUUCAUCCUCAAACGCCCCCCCCCCCCCCCCCGCGCGCACACACACACACACACACACAAUAAUACAACAAUUAAAUUGAGGAACAGUGUGCAAAACUGCCAUACAGUUGUUUCAUGGAAUUGACAGUGUUUUUACAUGCCAGUACCGAAUUAUAGUAAACUCUCCAGUCUCCACUACCAAAAGUGUGGGUCACACCAGGCAUGUGACAGAGGUGACCCGCACUUUGUUAUAGCAUUUAAACCCAUCAAACACAAUCGGAGGAGCUGCAGCUAGGAGAUGAUGAACUGACACACACUCUGGGCAAACAUGCAUACACACACACAUACACUAUGUGUGCACACACACACACACCCACACAAACACAGUUCCCCAAUGUGCUGAGGUGUAUGCCUAAUUGAACAUGCAGACGGAUGUCACUACAGUGAUCAUCUUAAAGAGCUAUCUAUACACAGGGCGAGUGUGUGUGUGAGCAUAUGUGUGGAUGGAUGUGUGCACACCUGCAGGUGAGAGUGUGUGUGUGUGUGUGCGUGCGUGUGUGCGUGCGUGCGUGCGUGCGUGUGUGUGUGACAUGACUUUGAAGAUCUGUCUUUGUCCCUUUGGAGAAUCCAGCCUAGUGCUAGUAUUUGAGUUUAUCCUGGUGUGUAAUGUAUGUAUCUCGCAAGCUACUGUCUUUAGAGCUGUAUUCAUUUGGAGAAAAUAAAGAAACAGUACUGAGUAAAACCAUAUCCAUUUGUCAGAGAUAUACUGAGAUUUUCAUCCAAAAAUGUAUCGCUUUUAUUCUGAGCUGCUUUUACAUAAUCCGCCUUUCCUUAAUAGGAAGAAACAUACCUUUGAAAUCUUAGAGAUCCUACUUAGUUCUCAUACUACAAUUAUUAUAUUUUUGUUUAGAGUAAAGAGUAACGACUGAAAGUAGUUGAAUAAUGAUUUUAUCCUGAAAAUAUUAUUAUGUAUACAGUGAGGGGCAUUUAUCAUUAAUUUAAUGAAUUAAGCCAUGAAAGUUCUGUAUACAUUGUCUAUAAUCACAUCUUAUUUACUUAGCUUUGUUUUACGACGCUCUACAUUUGGAAUGUUUAUGUUAAUCAGGUGAAUAGUACGAUGAUUAUUAUUCUGCUUAUCACUAUUUGAUGUAUAUUUUAGCAGAUUUUUGUUCUAUUUUUUCCUCAACAUGAUUUGCAAAUGUAUAUACUCUAUCAUGUUUUGAAAUAAAUAUGCAGUGAAAUUC